GCCAGAGCUGAGAGCAAAAAAAAAAAAUCUUCAAAGGUCUCUGCAAUCGCAACAACAUGGGGAAGGGAACAGGAAGCCUCGGAAAGAGGAGGAACGAGAGUCACACACUCUGCGUGCGGUGCGGCCGUCAUAGGUUUCAUCUUCAGAAGAGUCGUUGUGCUUCUUGUGGCUUCCCUGCUAGCCGUAUCAGAAGAUACAAUUGGAGUGAGAAGGCGAUCCGGAGGAAGACUACUGGAACCGGUAGAAUGAGGUAUUUGCGUUACGUUGCUGUCUGCUUCAAGUACAACUUCAGACAAGGUACUCAGCCAGGCCCGAGGAAGAAGGGAGCUUCAGCCUGACAGCCUCGUCUUAAGUUUUCAAAGGUUGUUGUUUGUAAGUUGGAAUUUAUCGUUUUAGUUGUACUGAGGACUGAAGUCUCGCAAUGGUUAUGAUGUUUGUUUAGCAAGAGUCGCACUUUAUUUCAAUGUUUGUGUAUCAAGAUGAAUGAAUGAAU